CCAGAGACCAUUAUCCCUAAUUUAAAUAAGAAGUUGCUGCACCCUUUUCGUCGAGAAUUUCUACUACUCUUGAUUUUCCAGUAAGCUGCAAAGAGUCUUCAGAUUCGAACCGAAAUAUCAGCCAUAAUUUGUGUGAAAAUGAGCACUGUUGUGGAUGUGGUGAGCCAACUUCUCUUUCCAGAAUCCAUUGAGAGGCUGGUGAUUCCUUCUAGGUCAAAUGAGAGCAGUGAAAACAGGGGUAGCAUUCCCGUGGACAUUCUGGAUACCCCAAAAGAGUACAUUUUCUAUAUGGAUGUUCCUGGUUUAUCCAAAUCUGAUAUUCAGGUGACUGUGGAAGAUGAGAACACGCUGGUGAUACGAAACAACGGGAAGAGGAAGCGUGAGGAGAGUGAAGAAGAGGGAUGCAAGUACGUCAGGUUGGAGAGGAAGCCACCCCUCAAAUUGAUGAGGAAGUUCAAGCUCCCCGAUACCUGCAAUGUUUCUGCUAUUACUGCGAAAUGCGAGAAUGGGGUGUUAACUGUUGUAGUUGAAAAGCUUCCUCCUCCAUCUAAGGCUAAGACUGUUAAAGUUGCAAUUUCAUGAAUUAAGUUAUCAUAAAUCUCUUAGUUCAGCUUUAUCAAAUGUAUCUCUCUAAUGUCACCUUUAUUUUGCAUUUUCAUCAACUAGGUUUGGGUACCUUGAUGUAUAGUUGAUCUUCUACUCUUGUCCUACUAUAUUAGAAAAUGAAGAGAUGGUAUGGCAUUGGCUGGUU